AUGUCGCAGAACGAUGGAAACCAUGAGUCCGUGGAAGAGGCUGUGUUCAAAUACGUUGGAGUUGGACUUGGGAAAUCGGGAGAAGAAGAUUCUGUCAAUAAACAAAAGUCAGUAGAUUGGUUUUUGAAAGAGCAAGACCACGAACACGAAGACGAACAAGACCGUGAACAAGAGCAAGGGCCAGAUCAAGAGAGGGAUGAUGAUUCCAAGCAUCGUGAUGCUAAUGACGUGAGUGCUGUUGCUGCCGCUGCCGUUGCUGCUGCUCUUUCUGUUAAAAAGAGGGCUCGUACAAGUGAACAACUUAGUGGCAAGGUAAAUGCUACUGGUCAAGCUGCUAAAAAACCAAAGAAGAAUAAAACCAAGCUACAUCUAGCCGCAGUGGACCCCGAAUUAGCCUCUUUAGAUGAUAAUUUAGUGGACUCAAAUGAUCCUGAGGAACAAUCACAUCAUCAAUUGGUGCAUAAGGCUAUUAUGGACACAGAUAAUAUUGCUUCGCAACAUCCAGAUUUCCAACAAUAUUUGAAUACCGAAGAUGAUCAGGAACCUAAAAAGGAAAAGGCUCAUGAAAGAUCAUAUGAUGAGCUUUCAAACAUAGAUGAUGAUCAUAUGGAUGAUGUAUCUGUAUCAAGUUCUGUUCCAGCUCAAGUCAAACUAAAGAAAACUGCUGAAGUAUUACCAAAAGUACUGUCCUCUGAAACCCAUACAAGAGAUCAUCAAGAUGAUGUGUCUAGUUUGAUUCAAGAAGCUGCUGCAAAGGCUUCUCAUAUCAUAAACCCAGCUACCCAGUCAAAUGGAAAAUCCUUUGACGAAUCCGAGGAAGAAGCUUUAGAACAAUUCAUUAAGGAAUAUCAAAAAAUUAGAGGUUUGUCUAGACGCCAGAUCUGUGAAAGAAUCUGGUCCAAUGAAAGGCGUAAGGAUGACUUUUGGACGAACAUCUGUAGGGUCUUGCCAUAUAGAACGAGAUCCUCUAUUUACAAGCACGUUCGUCGUAAGUACCAUAUUUUCGAACAACGUGGUAAAUGGACUCCGGAAGAAGAUGCUGAGUUAGCAAGGUGGUGUGCUGAAAAAGAAGGUCAGUGGUCGAAUAUUGGAAAGGUUUUAGGUAGAAUGCCUGAAGACUGUAGAGAUCGCUGGAGAAACUACGUUAAGUGUGGGCCCAAUAGAGCUGCCAACAAAUGGUCUCCCGAAGAAGAGGAAAAAUUAAAGAGCGUUAUCCACCAAAUGUUAGAAAAUGCAAGCGCUGCUUAUGAAGAUGGAGAAGAUGAAGGUGAUGAUGCUGAGGAGGAGGAAAAUGAUAUCAAGGAAUCUUCUGCAAAGGUAGAGGGAUCUGAUAGUUCAGACAUGUUAAAUGUUCAAAGUUCAGAAAAGAAAUCUCUAUCUACAAAAUCAAAGAAAAAACCUGCUCCAAAAGAUAUAAUAAACUGGACAGUUGUAAGCGAGCAAAUGGGAGGAACAAGAUCUCGUAUUCAAUGUCGUUAUAAGUGGAAUAAACUUUUGAAGAAAGAGGCAUUAAAUAAAAUCAAAAACAUCUCCGAAGAUGAUAAGUUUUGGUUAUUGACAAAGCUAAGAGAUAUGGGUUUCACCGAAGAUUCACAAGUCGAUUGGGAAGAAUUAUCUACUUUAAUGCCGGGUAGAAGAUGGACAGGUACUGAGCUCAAAUUACUGUACGAAAAAGUAAGAACCUCUGUUCGCCAAUACAAAAGAAAAACGAUCAAUGUCAUUUGUAAGGAACUAGUUGGUUAUCCUGAGACUUCUAUGCCACUUAAUAAUGGUAUUCAUCAACAUGAUAGCCCUGUUGAUGAUGAAAAGGAUUGA